GUCUGACCAAGCUAAUGCAAGGCGAUCAAGCAUUGUGUGUGAUAAGACAUUCUUCCUUGCUGAUCUGAGUCUGACCACCAAACCAUUCCAGAUCUGUGAGGGGGAGCAAUGGCGCAGUCGGCCGUGAGCACCGUGCUCGGGAGCGUGGGCAACCUUGCAGUACAGGAGACUACUUUCUUGUGUGCAGUCACCCUUGAAGUGUCCUUGUUGAAAGAUGAGCUCAUGAGGUUGCAGGCCUACCUCAGAGACGCCGACAGCAAAAGAAGGUCAGGAAUUGAAACAGUUGCUGUCUUGCUGAGCCAGAUUAGGACGGCAGCUUAUGAAGCUCAAAAUGUCAUUGAAGCUGCAGAUUACAUGGAGAAGAGAAACAGGCUCAAGAAGGGAUUCAUGGGUGCUAUUUCCAGGUACGCUCGCCUACCGAGUGACUUGGCCACCCUUCGUAAAAUCGGUGUUGACAUUCAACAUGUAAGAAGGAAGCUCACUGAUAUUUUUGCAAGUGCGGAAAGACUGAAUAUUAAUUUGGAUAAUAAUGUUCCUGUUGAGGAUGAAUCUCCACAAGAUGAUGGUCCUAUACAUCUAAACUCUGAAGAUGAUGUUGUCAUGGUUGGUUUUGAGGAUGAACACAAGGAAAUAGUGGACAAGUUAGUUGACAAUGAUUCUGGGCUUAGUGUUGUGUCUAUACUUGCCAUGGGUGGCGCUGGAAAAACAACACUUGCUAGAAAAGUCUACGCAUCAUCUAGAGUCAAAAAACACUUUGGCACGGUUGCUUGGGUGACUGUAUCUCAAAAGUUCAAGGGUGUUGAUUUGCUAAAAGAUAUUAUGAAACAAAUCAUAGGGCACAAGGACGAGUCAGUUGACCAAAUGAAGGAGUAUGAAGUGGGAAAGAAGAUCAAUGAAUUUCUAUCACAAAAAAGGUACUUAGUAGUUCUUGAUGAUGUUUGGGAAACAGAUACAUGGGAGCAAUUAAACGGAAUGAUUACAGUCUUUCCAGAUGCAACUAAUGGUAGUAGAGUACUGUUAACCACACGAAAAGAAGAUGUUGCAAACCAUGUUCAGAUGCCAACCUAUGUUCAUCCUUUGAAGAAAUUAGAUGAAGAUAAAAGUUGGCAACUUUUUAGUAGCUAAGCUUUACCAACACACAAAAGGUCUGUAAUAGGUGAUGUGGGUGAAUUUGAAGAACUAGGGAGAAUGCUUUCAAGAAAGUGUGAUGGAUUACCACUUGUGCUUUCGGUUUUGGGGGGUUAUCUAUCGAAAAAUCUGGAUACACAAUCAUGGUCCGAUAUAUUGUUAGGUUGGCCAUCAACCAAAAACAUAGAUAUGAUGCGAAGCAUACUAGCUCGCAGUUAAGGACCUACCAAGUCAUUAUUUAAGAUCUUGUUUCCUCUAUCUUGCUACCUUUCCGGAGGAUUAUAUAAUAGAUGUUUCUGUUCUUAUUGAACUAUGGAUAGUAGAAGGCUUCAUUCCACAUAUACCAAGGCA